AUGUCGGCGUCCAGUUCGUCAUUCACAGUGCCUUUCUUCAUUGGUGGCAAAGACACCAGCGCGGACAAGAGCUUCGAUGUCGUCUCGCCCAGUGAUGGCAAGGUCGCGCACCGCUGCGGCUCUGCCACGCUGGCGGACGCCAGCGCCGCGAUAGCAGCGGCCGCCGACGCGUUCAAGACAUGGCGCAGGACGACACCGGUGCAACGUCGUGACAUAUUCCUCAAGGCAGCCGACAUCAUGGCCGCCCGCCGCGAGGAACUGGCCGGCUACAUGGCGACCGAGACGGGGGCCACUCCUCCGUGGUGCAACUUCAACUUGGAUGUCGGAAUAGGCAUGCUCAAGGACAUUGCCGGCCGCAUUGCUACUCUUGAGGGCUCGUUCCCGGCCUUGAUGGACCCCAACACAAGCGCCAUCGUCAUGCGAGAACCCUACGGCGUCGUCCUGGCCAUGGCCCCUUGGAACGCCCCUUUCAUCCUAGGGACUCGCUGCGUCGCAUUUCCCAUUGCGGCGGGCAACACAGUCGUCUUCAAAGGCUCUGAAGUGGCGCCGCGGACAAUGUCGGCCAUUGUGUCCGUGUUUCGGGAAGCAGGACUGCCGGACGGCGUGCUAAACUUCAUUGUGCACGAGCCUUCCGCCGCUGCCGAAAUUACCGCCCACGCUAUUGCCCAUCCCCAAGUCAAGAAGAUCAACUUUACAGGAAGCACUCAGGUUGGGCGCAUCAUCGGGCGCCUGGCUGGAGAGAACCUCAAGCCUCUCGUCCUGGAGCUGGGCGGCAAGGCACCGGCGAUUGUCUGGGAGGACGCUGAUCUACAGCUCGCCGCCGACCAGUGCGCAUUGGGCUCUUUCCUUCACUCGGGCCAGAUUUGCAUGAGCACGGAAAAGAUACUCGUGCACGAGUCCGUCAAGAAGGACUUCUUGGACAAGCUCGUCGCUGCCGUUGAGAAGAUAUUCCCCACCGGCGGCGAUGCGUUGACGCUCAUCAACAGCACCGCUGUCGACAAGAAUAAGGCGCUCGUGAAGGAUGCGACGAGCAAAGGUGCUUCCGUGGUGUUUGGCAACCCUGACGCCCAGGAGGCAAGCGGCACACGUCUCCGACCCAUCGUCGUGGACAAUGUGACGACAGACAUGGAGCUGUACCGAACCGAGUCGUUUGGGCCGACCGUAUCCGUCAUCGGCAUCGAGUCCGAAGACGAGGCGAUCCGGAUCGCCAACGACACCGAGUAUGGGCUCACUUCUGCCGUUUUCACAGAGGACCUGAGGCGAGGCCUGCGCUUUGCGCGCGAGAUCGAGACGGGAGCGGUGCACAUCAACAACAUGACGGUCCACGACGAGACAGCGCUGCCUCAUGGCGGUGCCAAGGCCAGCGGCUACGGACGCUUCAAUGCUUCAAAGGGUCUGGAUGAGUGGGUUCGCACAAAGAACGUCACGUUCAAGCACUGA